GUUUCUCAUCGCGCCGUCAUCUAGGAUUACUUUGGUUCUUCCGUGUCCAACUUGUGGAUUGGACGUCUCCCUCCUCCUCUCUAAUUCCUGAUUGAGGCUUCUGGUCAUCUCCCAGUGCCCCGUCCAAUCCCGCUGUCCUAUGGAGAAACCCGUCAUUGCGCCGCGUUCCUGAUCCCCGAUUCCAGCAUGUCCAAAGGGGCAAAUGGCCGUCCUGAUGCUGGGCUUCGAAGCCUGAAUCACUACCGCAACCAACUCCCCGCCUGGCGGUACUGGCCACGACAGAAACUCCUUCCGCUCGUUCGCUAUGAGACCCCCUACCUGGCGUGGGUCCAGGAGAAGGUCCGCACGCCGACGCUGGAUUCGUACUUCGCCUUUACCGCCAAUCUGGGCACCCAUACUUUCUUCAUGGUCUUCCUGCCGCUGUUCUUCUGGAGCGGUUAUCCCGAUCUCGGUCGAGCGAUGACUCGCCUCCUCGCGUCUGGGGUGUUCUUCAGUGGAUUCAUCAAGGAUCUGCUCUGUCUGCCGCGCCCGCUCUCCCCCCCGUUGCAGCGCAUCAGCAUGUCUGGCUCUGCCGCCCUCGAAUAUGGCUUUCCCUCGACGCACUCCACCAACGCCGUCUCGGUCGCCGUGUACGCCCUGGCCAUGCUGGGCUCGUCUGAUUCCACCCUCGAUACCCGCCUGAACCUAUUCUUGCAGGGCGUCACCUACCUUUACGUCUCCUCCAUCGUCUUGGGUCGCCUGUAUUGCGGAAUGCAUGGAUUCUCGGAUGUCAUCGUGGGCUGUGCGAUCGGAGCUUUGCUCGCGUUCGUGCAGAGUUUCUACGGGUAUGCGAUCGACGGGUUUUCGAUGUCGGCCAACGGGACCCAGGUGUUCGUCGUGGUGCUAGUCAUCCUGGCUCUCGUCCGGCUUCACCCGGAGCCCGCCGACGAUUGCCCCUGUUUCGAUGACAGUGUUUCCUUUGCGGGGGUGAUGAUCGGGGUGCAGUUGGGCUGUUGGCACGUGGCGAAAUUGAACAUAGAGUGGGACGGGCUGUAUCCGCCCGCGCAGAUCGAUCGCUUGGAGGAGUUGGGGCUGAUGAAGAGUGUCCUGCGGCUGCUGCUGGGCGUGCUGCUGCUCUUCGUCUGGCGGGGAUUCACCAAGCCCUUCUUGCUCCGGGUCCUCCCUCCCGUCUUCCGGGGGUUGGAGAAGUUGGGCCUGAUUCUGCCUCGCCGGUUCUUCACUCAAGCUUCGCAAUACACCCGGGUCCCCGCGCAGCUCAAAGACCACGACCUCCUCCCGAACUUUUCCGAAAUCCCAUCCAUCCUCACAAAUAUCCGCCAUCCCCGACGACGGGCGAUCUCGGUUGGCCCUCAGUCCGAAGCCGACGCGUACGAAACCCUGGCCUACCGAGAGAAGCGUCGACGGGAGAGUCUGUCUGGCAACCGGGCCCCGGUGGCUAACGACAUUGAUCGCGUGUCGCCGGCGGGAAUGUCGCGGAUCCCGUCCAGAUUAAACGAAUACGAGAAUAUGAUGGGCACGGGCAGUCCGCGCGUACCUCCCGGCGGCGGCGUGGGCACGUCUCCUCCACCCCUGACGGAACCGUUUCCGCCUCUGGAGCCGGAGGAGCCAAACGAGGAGGAGGUGUUUGCUCAGAUCAAGCGCCCGCGGGUGCGGUAUGAUGUCGAGGUGGUGACCAAGUUGGUGGUUUAUAGUGGUAUCGGGUGGGUGGUCAUCGAGGUUGCCCCUCUAAUCUUUGACAUGGCCGGUCUCGUGCCGUAGUGGAUAGUCAAUCCUGAUACUCCCCCUUUUACUAUCCUGUUUUCCUUACUUGAUCUUUCUUUAGUUCAGCAGGCUGAGCUGCGCAGUUUUGUACCAUAGCCGGCUUUUUGUAUAUAGAGAUAUGAAGGGGAUGACCAGGCUGACGGCCAGAAUGUCGCUGCACGAAUGAAU